GAAAGCAAGGGGCAGACGAGCGUUGGGAAAGAUGUGCGAGAGGAUCAAUACUUUUGAAACGGUGCUGAACGUAGAUCAGUUGCUGCUGUACGGGGAGUACAGGGAGCAGCUGGGAAACUUCGCCCGGCGGGAGGCGGCCCGUUUGCUGACGGAGAGACAAUGGCGGAGACAGGCGGAAGAGAACGACGCGGCGGCGACGGGCAAAGGGGCUGGACGGCGGCAGCAGAUUCAUCAGCAUCCCGUCAUCUUGGAGUCACAUCUCAGUCACACCUCCUCUACCAAAAAGCCACGUCCAUACUCCAAAUGUCAAGAUUGUUUGGCUCGCGUGCGGCGCUACAUUGUGAACAAGAUGGGGGAGGACUGGAUCUUCCUGGUCCUCCUGGGCCUGACCAUGGCGCUGGUCAGUUGGAGUAUGGACUACGCCAGUGCCAAGAGCCUGCAAGCCUACAAGUGGAUGCAUGGGGAGCUGAAGGGCAACGUGGCGCUCCAGUACCUCGCCUGGAUUAGCUAUCCCAUGAUCCUCGUCAUGUUCGCGUCACUCUUCUGUCAUCUGGUUUCCCCGCAGGCCAUCGGUUCCGGUAUCCCCGAGCUUAAGACCAUCUUGAGGGGAGUGGUUCUGAAGGAGUAUCUGACCUUGAAGGCCUUCGUGGCUAAAGUCAUUGGACUGACGGCGGGAUUGGGCAGUGGGAUGCCAGUGGGCAAAGAGGGUCCAUUCGUCCACAUCGCCAGUAUCUGUGCCGCAGUGCUGAGUCGCUUCAUGUCCAUCUUCUCUGGCGUCUAUGAGAACCCUUACGGUUACACAGAUAUUCUGACGGUUGGCUGUGCCGUCGGGGUGGGAUGCUGUUUCGGCACUCCACUAGGAGGGGUGUUGUUCAGUAUUGAGGUCACGUCUACCUACUUUGCAGUGAGGAAUUACUGGCGGGGAUAUUUUGCCGCCACGUUCAGCGCCUUCAUAUUCAGGGUGCUCUCAGUAUGGAACAAGGAUGCCGUCACAAUCACUGCUCUCUUCAAAACAAACUUCCGCAUGGAUUUCCCUUUCGACCUGCAGGAGCUGCCAGCAUUUGCAAUCAUCGGGAUAUCAUGCGGUUUCAUGGGGGCGUUCUUCGUCUACUUGAACAGACAGGUGGUUCUGUUCAUGAGGAGACCUACUGCGCUCACACGCUUCCUGACAAAACAUCGAUUGAUCUAUCCAGGCGCAGUCACGCUGAUUAUCGCCACCUUCACCUUUCCUCCUGGAUUUGGACAGUUUAUGGCUGGUGAGCUCAUGCCCAGAGAGUGCAUCAACUCGCUGUUCGACAACUUCACCUGGACCAAAAUCUCAGCAUCCUCCCCUCCGCCUGGCCUGGGUCGCUCGACCGUGUGGCUGCACCCGCAGGUCAGCGUUUUCGUCAUCCUCAUCCUCUUCCUCUUCAUGAAGUUCUGGAUGUCAGCGGUUUCCACAACCAUGCCCAUCCCCUCAGGCGCCUUCAUGCCAGUGUUCAUAUUAGGAGCCGCUUUUGGUCGCCUCGUAGGGGAGAUCAUGGCCACUCUGUUCCCAAAUGGAAUCCUAUUUGAUGGAAUUGUGUACCGCAUCCUGCCGGGAGGGUACGCCGUCAUUGGCGCGGCCGCCAUGACAGGGGCUGUCACCCACACCGUUUCCACCGCGGUGAUCUGCUUCGAGCUAACGGGUCAGAUCUCCCACAUCUUGCCCAUGAUGGUGGCGGUCAUUCUAGCCAACAUGGUGGCCCAAGGUCUGCAGCCUUCGCUCUAUGACUCCAUCAUUCAGGUGAAGAAGCUGCCAUACUUGCCUGAGCUGGCCCUCGGGCAUAUCAGCAAGUACAAUAUCUUUGUGGAGGACAUCAUGGUGCGCAAGGUGAAGUUCUUGUCGUCACACUCAACUUAUCGGGAACUGAAUCAUCUGCUGGAGACUACUACACUGAAAACCAUCCCUCUCGUUGACUCCAAAGAAUCCAUGAUUCUUCUGGGCUCCAUCGAAAGGAUGGAGCUCCAAGCCGCUAUCGACUGGUGGCUCUCGCCAGCCAGGCGUGUCUUUGAAAGAGGUCAGAGUUCACCGGGCCCAUUGUCCAAAAUCAGCUGGGAGUCUUUCACCUUCGUGGACGAGGAGGGUGGCGAGGAGACUGUCGACAAGAGCGUGCCAGUGCUAGAUGAAUGUAACGGGCCUAUCCCGUCCCCCAAAGCUCAGGAGCCCUCAAGCAAUCACACAAGCUCAGAAAAACGCAAAACGCCAUCUGUCAGGAGGACACUUCAGAGACUCUUCUCUUCCUCCUCGUCAUCCACCGGACAGACUGAUGCACAGGACACAGCUCCCCCUACACUGGCUGACACAAUGUCACCAGAUGAGAUCAAAGCCUGGGAGGAGUCCGAGAUGGACAAGCCAAUGGACAUGGAGCAGAUCCGCAUUGACCCCUCUCCCUUUCAGUUGGUUGAAAGAACAUCUUUGCACAAGACCCACACUCUGUUCUCCCUGCUGGGUCUGAGUCAUGCCUACGUCACCAGUAUUGGCAAGCUGGUGGGUGUGGUGGCACUCAAAGAGUUACAGAAAGCUAUAGAAGGCUCAACUCGCAGUGGCGUAAGGCUGCGUCCGCCGUUGGCCAGCUUCCGGGAUGCCAACAGGAAAGCCAAGAAGCACCAGCCACCAUCCUCUACCACUUCCUCCCCCACGUGGGACAGGGACCUAUGGGGCGAGGGGAGCAGAAGGGAUGGGGAGCCAGCGAGGAAGGAUUCAAGAGGAAUAACUGCCCAAGACGUCUUGUCUUCAGCCGGAGGCAACUCGGUCAAUACUCACGAGUCGGCGUCGCCGUCCACUUCCUCGCCUGCCGACUCGCCGGGCUCGCCAGCCGACCCCGUCCUCACGCUGUCCUCCCUACGGGAAGAGCAUGAGAGCGAGGAGUCGGAUGAGCCCAUCUAGAAAGGACGAGUCUGGUCAAAAACUUUGUGCUCUAAGAGCUAUUUUUUUCUACUUUUUUUUCCACUCUUCAAAUCUCAGGUGCCUCCUGUGUCUUUCACAAACUCUUCAGCCCUUUUGGACAUUUUAGUCCUUCUUAUAAAUGGAUUUAUACGAUGCACAUCCACGUCAGUGACUGCUAAUUUUUACUCAAAUAUUUGAUGGAAGAAUGGCAGCCUUUUAUGACGACAAUGAAGACAUGUAUUGAUGUAGAAUUAAUUGCAUUUACCUCGAGGAGGAUUUAAUGUUUACUGAUUUAGGUUCAUUUUAAAUAUGUGAUUUGCUAAUAUAUAUUUGACCUGAAAUCACCUAGAAUGGUCUGUAAUUUUUUAAAAAUAAAAAACGGAGGGGAAAAAAAAUCAAUGAGCAACUCAUUUGAAUUUUUAAGAAAGAAAGCAUAGACUUCAGAAUGUAUUGACGGGACACGGGGCGCACGGCCGAUAAAUCGGGGGCCUGCAUUGUUGGCGAGGCUGUCAAAGCUGACCGAGUGGAAUCACAGACAAAGAGCUUUUUUCGUUGAAAAUUUUUGUGGAUAAAUGCUUAAAUCCCCGAGUUCUUUAUAGAUAUGGACGUAAAAAAGGCUCGAUUCUUGGUUAAAAGCAAAAAAACGUGCAGUUCUCAUUUAUUUUACGUAAAUAUGUCGAAUUAUAAUGCUAGUCUGUUUGUGAAUGUAGCUAGCAGCCGCCUGAUGUAAACAGAGCUUUUCCUGUGAAAAUUCUUGUGAAUAAAUGCUUAAAUCCCCGAUUUCUUUAUAGAUAUGGAUGUAAAACAGUCUCGAUUCUUGGUUACAAGCAAAAAAAAAAAAAAUGCAGUUUGCGUUUAUUUUACUGAAAUAUGUCGAAGUACAAUGCUAGUCUGUUAGUGAAUGUAGUUAGCAGCCGCUUGGUGUAAACAGAGCUUUUCCUGUGAAAAUUCUUGUGAAUAAAUGCUUAAAUCCCCGAAUUCUUUAUAGAUAUGGAUGUAAAACAGUCUCGAUUCUUGGUUACAAGCAAAAAAAAAAAAAAAAAAAUGCAGUUUGCGUUUAUUUUACUGAAAUAUGUCGAAGUACAAUGCUAGUCUGUUAGUGAAUGUAGUUAGCAGCCGCUUGAUGUAAACAGCUUUUCCGGUGAAAAUUCUUGUGAAUUAAUUUAAUGCUUAAAUCCCCGUGUUCUUUAUAGAUAUGGACGUAAAACAGUCUCGAUUGUUGGUAAAAAGCAAAAAAAAAAAAAAAACCCCAAAAAAAAGGUGCAGUUCCCAUUCAUUUCACGUAAAUAUGUCGAAGUACAAUGCUAGUCUGUUAGUGAAUGUAGCUAGCAGCCGCCUGAUGUAAACAGAGCUUUUCCUAUGAAAAUUCUUGUGAAUUAAUGCUUAAAUCCCCGAAUUCUUUAUAGAUAUGGACGUAAAACAGUCUCGAUUCUUGGUUACAAGAAAAAAAAAUGCAGUUAGCGUUUAUUUUACGUAAAUAUGUCGAAUUAUAAUGCUAGUCUGUUUGUGAAUGUAGCUAGCAGCCACCUGAUGUGAACAGAGCUUUUCCUAUGAAAAUUCUUGUGAAUUAAUGCUUAAAUCCCCGAAUUCUUUUUAGAUAUGGACGUAAAACAGUCUCGAUUGUUGGUUACAAGAAAAAAAAAAUGCAGUUAGCGUUUAUUUUACGUAAAUAUGUCGAAGUACAAUGCUAGUCUGUUAGUGAAUGUAGCUAGCAGCCGCCUGAUGUGAACCGAGCUUUUCCGGUGAAAAUUCUUGUGAAUUCAUGCUUAAAUCCCCGAAUUUGUUAUAGAUAUGGAAGUAAGACAGUCUCGAUUCUUGGUGAAAAGCAAAAAAAACGUGCAGUUCCCAUUUAUUUUACGUAAAUAUGUUGAAGUACAAUGCUAGUCUGUUAGUGAAUGUAGCUAGCAGCCGCCUGAAGUAAACAGCCUUUCCGGUGGAAAUUCUUGUGAAUGAAUGCUUAAAUACCCGAAUUCUUUAUUGAUAUGGACGUAAAACAGUCUCGUUUCUUGGUUAAAAGCAAAAAACCAAACAAACAAACAAAAAAACAACGUGCAGUUAGCAUUUAUUUUACGUAAAUACUGUAUGUCGAAGUACAAUGCUAGUCUGUUAGUGAAUGUAGCUAGCUGCCGCCUGAUGUAAACAGAGCUUUUCUGCUGAAAAUUCUUGUGAAUCAGUGCUUAAUAAAAAGUGCAGUUAACAUUUAUUUCACGUAAAUAUUGCUAACUAUGAUGCCAAUGCAG